AUGGCUACUAUUUUCAAGCUUCUCUCCCUCACUAUCUUCCUUGGCCUCAUUUUCCAAGCAUAUGGACAACCUUGUUCUUUGAACAACAUUGUUGUUAAGCAAAAACCAGGCAAAGAAUUCCCGUGGUGGGAUGUUAAUGUAAGCAACAAUUGUAGUUGUACUCAAUCACAAGUGAAGUUCAAUUGCACUGAAUUUACAAAUUAUACUCCAUCUGUUGAUCCAUCAAUUUUAAAUAAAGAUUGUCUUCUCAUCCAAGGACGGCCAUUGCAUUAUUCUGAAUCUGUUAACUUCUCAUAUGUUUUAACAGAACAGUUCACAUUUCAAACAAUUUCUUCUGAAAUUGCAUGUUCUUAA